UUUUGUUUUUGGCUACGGAACGGAAAGUGGGAAGUGGUUGUGUUGUGGUACUUCGUCUUCGACAUUCUAAAUGCAAAAAAAAACUAUGAUUUGUAUUUCCCUUGUACACAAUAACUAGACAAAAAAACAUACUUAAUUAUUUUGCUUGCAUUGUUGAUUUCGGAUUCGGAGGGAUCAAUGAACGACACCCUCUAGAAUUAUUCUUUACAUGCAGUGUAAUUGACCAUUAAGCCUGUGAUUAUGGAUAGCAAUUUAUUCAAAGUAUUUUUGUGGAAAAACUUCUUAUUCCUUAAGUUCAGUUGGUUAUCAACAACGAUAAUAAACUUGGCUUGUUUUAUUAUCCUUUAUGUCUUCUUGAAAACUACCCACAAUGUAGUAACCGCACCCAAUAGUAACUAUGAAAAGCAGAACACGGAGCUGCUUAAAGAAAGAGUCCCGAGCAACAAUGAAGACUUUAUUUUUUACGGUCCCUCAGACAAUGAUUAUCUAUAUGAACUUAUGGAGAAAGUACGGACAGAUCUGUAUAUGUCAACGGAAAGAUUUAAGUCUUUUAGCAAUGUAUCAACUAUGAUUUCUGCUCUCGAAAACAAUCAGAAAGCCAAUUGCUUUGGAAUUUUCUUCGAAGAAUGGCCAGAUUUGAACAACAAAGGCUCACUACGCUAUUCUAUUAGUUCCACUAUGACGAAGGUGUCCCCAAGCAAACGCUUUGUCAAUGAUGAAGAUCUUAAUGGCAUUAUUCCUGAGGACGAAUACAUCCGCACCGGCUUCCUUUCUCUGCAGCAUAUACUCGACUUGAACUUCAUUAAGUCUUCAACAGGAACAAAUGCAGGACUGCAAAUUGAGAUAUCACCACUUCCAAGCAUCGGACACGAGUCUGCUGACGGACAGCGUGUGAAUUCAUUCGGCCUAUUAUUUGCUGUUUUAUUUAAUGUUCUGCUGCUUAGUACAAACUUAAUUCCACUUGUGGAAGAAAAACACGAUGGCAUUAAGGAAUUUCUUGUUUUGGCUACCCCUCAAAACUAUCUUAACGGACUCACUUUCUUUUGUGUUCGUUUUCUGGCGUAUAUGCCUUUUACAUUGGGAUGCGUUGUAGUAGCAUAUACUUAUGGAGCCCUAGGCCUUAUUCCAGCAGUGUAUUUUAUUGUACUCUUUGUUUUCUAUUGUUCAACUGCUAUAUCUUACACGUUCUUGAUAUCUGUCUGCUUUAAAACAGUUUUUUAUGCAAAAGUUGGCGGAUUCAUUUUAUUGAUAAUUCCAUUUCUGUUUCAUUUGAUUGAUGGGAAAUUUUCAAAAGUAGCAAGUUAUUUAUUUUGUACGACAACGCUUUUGAAAGGGCUUAAUAUAUUUCAAGUAUUCACAAACAAACAUCGGUUAUUUUCUGGAGAUGAUUUGUUUUUCAAUAUAACAGAGUCAAGUCCCAAUGUUUUCACGAUCAUGGCCAUUUUGCUGUUACAAUUCGUAGUUUAUACCAUUUCUUACAACUAUUUUUCUAGAAUUUUUCCGGGAAAAGGUGGACUCAAGCAGCCAAUAUUCUUCUUUUUGAAUCCUUCAUUUUAUAAGAAAAAAAAUCCCAAUCAAUUUGUAUCGACUUUAACUGAGACUGAAGGAACUGCUAUUAUCAUCCAAGACCUUGUAAAGACUUUUACUUCAAGAAACCAAGUUAUCAGAGUGGCGGAUCGCUUAAACAUGGAAAUCAAGGAACGAAGAAUAACUGUCUUGCUUGGACAUAAUGGCGCUGGAAAAACUACUACCUUAAAUAUGAUCAUUGGAUGUGUUCCCAAGGACUCUGGCAAAAUAAUUGUAUGUAGUGAACGAGACGUAACAUCCUAUAGACAUUUGAUUGGGUUUUGUCCGCAACAUAGCGUUUUUAUGCAAUAUAUGACUUGCUAUCAGCAUUUAAGAUUUUUCGCUCAGUUAAGAGGCAAAACAGUUGAAGAAGCUAACUCGCUAGCUUCGGAACUGCUUACGCAACUGCGGUUGGUGGAUAAAGCAAAUGAAUCCGGUAAAAAUCUUUCGGGUGGGAUGAAGCGUCGUUUGUCACUUGGAAUAGCACUCUCUGGAGAAACAAAAGUCGUCAUUUUGGAUGAGCCAUCAUCUGGAUUAGAUGUAGAAUCAAGACGUGAAUUGUGGGAUAUUCUUUUGGAAUUGCGAAAAUCUAAGGCGGUUCUGAUUACAACCCAUCAUAUGGAAGAGGCAGAGAUACUUGGUGAUACGAUUUCAAUAUUAUCAAAUGGCAAAUUGGAACAAACUGGUACUCCCCUGGAACUGAAACGUAAAUUAGGAAGUGGUUACAUAUUGAAAUUACGAACUGAUGGUAAUUUCCAUGAACAAAGUACAUUAGAUAUUAUCAAAGCAAGUGUUCCUACCGCUAAACUAAUAAACGCUGUUCCCCCAACUGUUUUAAUAAGCAUGCCGUAUGCCUACAAGGAUAAAUACACAGAAGUUCUUGAGAAACUUGAAACAAACCGAGGCAAUCUUGGAAUCAACUCACUAGCUGUUACGGAUACAUCGCUGGAAGAUGUUUUUCUCAAUUCUCAAGGCAAUGACAGUGUCGAUUCCCCAUGUCGAAAUAAAGGGGAAGUGAUAAACAUACCGUACCAAAAGUUAUUGCCAGACGCAGUUACGUGGACGAGACAUGUGCGAGCAGUGUUCUAUAAGAAAUUUAUUUUUGUUAAAAGUCAAUUGAUAUACUCUGCAAUCAUGUUUUCUUUGCCCUUUUUGGCGAUUGGAAUUGCUGUUUUUAUAAUGACUUCAUUGGCAUCCAACAAGAGCGACGGAAAUAUGCACCUAAAUCUAAAACAUUUAAAAGAUGGCUAUAUUUUCAUAAAUGUUGCAACCGAAUUUAAAGCCAUAGAAAAUAACAUAAAGCAAGAGAUCCAAAGCAAAGGCAUCGAAGUAAAAUAUAUUCAAAAUCCAGAUGCCAUUGAAGAAGAAUUGAAAUCUAUACAGUCAACAAAUCUAUAUGAAUUUUAUGAGAAGGCAAUCGGAGCCAUUGUAGUCAAAAACAAUGAGAACAAUCCAGAGUUUAGUAUAUUGUACUCUGCAAAUAUUAUUCAUAGUUCAGUGAUAAUGGUCAACUUAAUUGAUAAUGCCAUUCUCAAACACGUGGGCAACUCGAAUGAGAGCAUCAACACAACUUAUUCCCCCAUUAGAAGAAUAAUUGAUAUAAACCCAACAAGUCUAGAGUAUUUUGCAGCUAUAGUUCCUAUCGGUUUCUUUUUCUACAUGUUGUACUAUAUCUCUCUGCCCUACAUCGAAAAUAAGAGCAACUUUAAGAGUCUCCAGGCUAUUCCACGUCCCACUUACUGGGUCUCAUUUGUUGUAUUUGAUAUGCUUUUGCAUUCGCUUGUCUGUACGGGCUGCUACUUCUUUCAACAAGCAGUCAUGCCGAAGACAUUGUACAGUAGUUCCGAUCAAACCGAGCUAACUUUUACUUAUCUUUUCUACGGAUUUUCGUACCUUCCAAUCAUUUAUUGUAUGACUAUUGGAUUUCGUUCAAUAUCCCCUAUUUCCACAUAUCUUUUAUUCAUGUUGAUUAUUUCAUCAAUUGUGCCUUUCAUAACGUCUGACAACGUGCAAUCAAUGCAACAUUUUGACACUACAAUCUCGAUAAUGUCUCUGUUGCCAGACUUUUCUUUAAAUCACCAGUUGCGUGCUAUUAAUGAGCAUUUUUUUGCAAACCGUCGAAAAGCGGGUAGUCGAAUCGAGCUACCGAGUUUGUCGAGGUUUUUCUCUUACGCUGUAGUCUUGUAUAUUUUUGUAAUGUUGUUUCUUAUAUAUGUGUGGGACAAUUUGCAAAGAAGACAGUAUUUGAAAGAAGUGAUAAUGUGCUAUCGUUUUAAGCGCACUGGACAGCUAAAUCAGCCAUUGGAAGAUGUUGACGAAGCGCUUGUUCGAAAGGAAAAAGGAAACGUCGAAGAAAUUUUCCGAUCUAAUACCAAAGAUUCAUACCCCCUCAUUGUUCAAAAUCUUCAUAAGUUCUACGGACGAAUUCACGCCGUUCGUGGCAUUAAUUUUGCAGUUAAGCGCCAAGAAUGCUUCGGACUGUUGGGUGUAAAUGGAGCGGGAAAAACAUCUACUUUUCAAAUGAUAACCGCCAACUCUCUAAUAUCGGGUGGCCACAUUAUGAUUGAUGGAAUAGAUUUAACGAAAAGCGAGACUUUGUACAAAUAUCGAUUCGGAUACUGUCCGCAAGGAGACUGCCUCAACAGCUUUAUGACAUCAUAUCAAAUUCUCAAGUACAUGGCCAUGUUACGAAAUAUAAGCUCUAGUGAUUUAGGCACAGAAGUUAUGUAUUGGCUGGCUCAAUUGGACCUGACACGGUAUAAAAAUGUUCCUAUUCGUUUUUAUUCUGGUGGAACAAAAAGAAAACUCAAUGCAGCAAUUGCGAUGAUUGGAAAUCCAACAUUAGUUCUCUUAGACGAACCCACAACUGGCGUAGAUCCGAUUUCUCGUCGGUUUCUAUGGAAAUGUAUUAAAGAUUUCCAAAACCGCGAUAAAACGGUUGUACUCACAUCCCAUAGUAUGGAUGAAUGUGAACACCUUUGCAACAGACUGGCCAUAAUGGCAAAUGGGAAGUUGCAGUGCAUAGGCUUCAUUCCAGAUUUAAAAUCUAAAUAUGGUUCUGGGUUCACAAUCAACAUUAAACUAUUAAGUAAUUGGUCUGACAACAAAAUAAAUAUAAUUACAUCAUCCUUACAAGAGGAAUUUACAUGCGAGCUUCGGGAGCAACAUGCAGGCAUGCUGACAUAUUUUAUCAAAGAAAAGUCAAUGGAAUGGUCAGAGAUUUUUAGGAGAACAGAACGUUUUAUGAGCUGCAACAAAAGUUUAGUGGAAGAUUAUUCAGUAAACGAAACCACAUUGGAAGAUAUAUUCCUCAAGUUCGACAAAAAAAGUAGGGGAGCUAUGAGUGAACUUACUGAUGACUGUUGACAGUCAAAACAAAACAGCAGAUUUACUUAAUAUAGGAUAUUUUUUAUAAUAACAAAUAUUAUUUUGCAAUAUUUAUUUUUAAAUUUGUAUAAACAGUUUCGAAUCAUUUAGAUGUAUGUAUGUAAUUAUAACAAAAUAUUUAUUAUGAUAGUUGUAAUAAACACAAAAGUAAAACUUGA